AUGGGGCCAGAGCCGACCACGCGCGCGGUGGGCCACAGCGGGCGCCUUGCGCCCACCUUGCCAGGGAAGGGGGCCCCGGGAAUCCGGUGCCUGCAGCCACGCGAGGACGGCUGUGGGCAGGGGGCGCGAAGGGGCAGGCUGCCCCGGGAAUCCCCUGCGCGCGGAAGCGCAGUCCUUAGCCGGAACGUUCUGGAACUCCCCUGCGCAACCAUGGGCGGGGAAAGCCCAGGUCCGGCCGAGACCCCACCCGUAAGAGCGUGGCCGCCUCAGAAGGUCCCCCGCGCCGACGAGUCGCGGGCGAGGGGCGCGCGCACGGACAAGACCGCACUGUUUAGCGCACGCGCACACGAGGGCGCACGCUCGCCCGCCGCCCAGGAUGAGACGGAGGUAGCUGGAACGUUGGCGGCAGGGUCGGAGGCGGAGUGUGGCCCGCGCUGGCCCCUCCUGGCCGAACCCCCGGCGCCGCCCCCGCGCCCCGGCUGCGGGGCCAGGGGUACCGGCGGGGGGGGCGCGCCUGGGGAAGAAGGACUGUCGAGGGGGCGCGGCGCGGCCGCCUUAAGGAGGGAGCUGGGCGGGGCGCGCAGGAGGCGGGGCGCGCUGAGGGGGGCGUGGCGGGCCGUCUGCGCAGCUGCCAGAGCCUUAAAGCCCGGGCUCGCUCGGCCGGAGCGUGCUUUCGCCGCCCGGGAGCCUUCCGGCCCAGCAGUCCGUCUGGCCCCCGCCGUCCCCGCCCCUCCUGCGUCCCGGGAGCCGGCUCGCUCCGGAGCCGCCGCGGUGCGACCGGGCAUGCCCCGCUACGAGCUGGCUUUGAUCCUGAAAGCCAUGCAGCGGCCAGAGACUGCUGCUGCUUUGAAACGUACGCUAGAAGCCCUGAUGGACAGAGGGGCGAUAGUGAGGAACUUGGAAAAUCUGGGUGACCGAGCGCUGCCUUAUAAGAUUUCCGCCCACAGCCAGCAGCACAGAAGAGGAGGGUAUUUCUUGGUGGACUUUUAUGCACCGGCCACAGCUGUCCAGAGCAUAAUGGAACAUUUGUCCCGAGACAUUGAUGUGAUUAGACCGAAUGUUGUAAAACACCCUCUGACCCAGGAAGUGAAAGAGUGUGAGGGGAUUGUCCCUGUCCCACUCGAAGAAAAACUGUAUUCCACAAAGAAGAGGAAGUGAGAAGAUUUACCACAUUUUAGCUUUGUAUUUAAUUCUCUCACUUUUGAGUGCCAUGGAUUAAAAAUUUACAAACUUGAUGCUUA